AUGGGAAGACACAUCAUAUUAGGAUUUGUGUUGCUUUUCUUGUUGUUGUUGGGAAUUGCCCAAUUAGGUCUUUGUGGAAGAUGCAUUGAAUCAGAGAAGCAAGCUCUUCUCAAGUUCAAAGCAUCCGUUCAUGAUGAUUCAUCUAAGAGCCUUUCCUCUUGGAAUCCCAAAACCAAUUGUUGCCAGUGGGAUGGCAUUGCUUGUGACAAUGUUACUGGUCAUAUUCUCAAACUUGAUCUUAGUUACUAUUCCCUACAAGCUACUGGUGUUGAUCCAUCUUUGUUGGAGUUGCAACAUUUGAUUUAUUUGGAUUUGUGUGCAAACAACUUCAAUGCCAUCUCAAUUCCAGCCUUUUUUGGUUCGAUGGGGAGGCUGAGAUAUCUUUCUAUCUCUCGCUCUAAUUUCACAGGGAAGAUUCCUACCAAUUUUGGUGAAAACCUCACAACAUUGCAGUUUCUUGAUCUUAGUUUGAAUGAUUUGGACAUCAAUGACAUGAAUUGGGUUUCAAAACUUCAGUCUCUACAAUAUCUCAACUUGAGUGAUGUCUACCUUGGAGAAGCUCACAACUUGUUCCAGGUACUUCACAAGCUUCCUUCUUUAUCACAACUCCAAUUAGAAGGAUGUGGACUUGGCAACUUGUCCGCUCCUCUUCCCCCAUUCAAUUUCACAAAUAAUACUAGAGUUCAGGUCUUGAAUCUUGCUCAAAAUGAAAUUGAUGGUCGAAUCCUUGAUGUGUUUCUAAAUUGGACUUUUGUUGAAUUCCUUGACCUCAGUUCCAACAAUCUUAGUUCAAUGCCAUUAUGGCUGGGAGAGUUUAGGAAUCUAGUUUCUCUUGAUCUUUCAUAUAAUGCACUUUGUGGACCCAUGCCUAUUGCUUUAUCAAACUUGACUUCCCUUAAAUACCUUGACCUUUCUGUGAACAAUUUUAGCUCAAUUCCAUCUUGGUUGGGAGAGUUAAGGAACCUUCGCCAUCUAGAUAUCUCCAUGAAUCAAGUCACAGCCACACUAGAAAUUUCUGUGUCACAACUUUUAAAAAACAUGUGCCGCUUACAAAUAUUAUAUAUGGAAGGUGGCAAUUUUCAAGGAGAAGCAUUUGGUGACUGUGAUUUUUCUAGAUGCAUCAAAUAUGACAUAGAGGAACUGUAUUUGAGUGAUAAUAGACUAAAUGGCCAUUUACCCACUUGGGUAGGGAAUCUUGAAAAACUAAAUGGCCUUGAUCUUUCACAGAAUUAUUUUUCUGGCGAUAUUCCUCAAAGUCUUGGUCAACUUUCAAAUCUAUAUAGCCUUAAUCUUUCAAGUAAUUCUUUUACUGGCAACAUUCCUCAAAGUCUUGGUCAACUUUCAAAUCUAGAUAGCCUUGAUCUUUCAAGUAAUUCUUUUAGCGGCAAUGUUCCUCAAAGUCUUGGUCAACUUUUAAAUCUAUAUAGGCUUGAUCUUUCAAAUAAUUCUUUUGUCGGCAAUAUUCCUCAAAGUCUUGGUCAACUUUCAAAUCUACGUAGGCUUGAUCUUUCAGGUAAUUCUCUUAGUGGUAAUAUCCCUCAAAGUCUUGUUCACUCUGCAAAUCUAACUACCCUUGAUCUCUCAAGUAAUUUUCUUAGUGGUAAUAUCCUUGAAAGUCUUUGUCAGCUUGGAAAUCUAUAUAUCCUUGAUCUUUCAGGUAAUUCUCUUAGUGGUAAUAUCCCUCAAAGUCUUGUUCACUCCACAAAUCUAACUAUCCUUGAUCUCUCAAGUAAUUUUCUUAGUGGUAAUGUCCCUGAAAGUCUUUGUCAGCUUGUAAAUCUAGAAGUACUUGAUCUUUCCAAUAAUUCUAUUAGUGGCAACAUUCCUCAAAGUCUUGGUCAACUUAUAAAUCUAAAGGACCUUAAUCUUUCAAGAAAUUCUUUUAGGGGCCACAUUCCUCAAGGUCUUUGUGAACUUAUAAAUCUAACAAGCCUUGAUCUUUCUCAUAACAAUUUCUAUGGUGAAAUUCCAAAUUGCUGGAGAGAUAAUCCAUCACCUGGAAUGAAGGAAAUAAAUUUUCAUUCAAUAAACUGUCUGGUGCCUUCCCUGUCUCUAUUGGUGAGCUUUCCUCAUUGA